AGAUUCACGCCAGCAGGGGGGUAGUUUGUAGAUGUGAGGCGGCUCUUCGUUGCUUUGAGUUUUUGUCAGUUGUGAUCUUCCUCAGAACUUCAGCUGCCAGUGGUAAGAACGACAUGGCAACCACGAAAUUACAAAAUAUGUCACAAAAAACAGCAGCUGAAGAUUGACCAAGAUCAAUCGGAGAUUGUUAUAUUUCACACUAUGUGCUGAAUAUCCAUGAUGUCUGGAAAUAUUUAAGAAUAUUAAUGUUUGGAAGAUUUUUUUGAUUCCAGUGGAAUCUGUAGGGUUUUUUUUUUGGUUUUAAAUUGUAACCUGUUACAAUGCCUGUACAAGCUCCACAAUGGACGGAAUUCCUCUUGUGCCCGAUCUGCACGCAGACUUUCGAAGAAACCAUUCGCAAGCCCAUCAGCUUAGGAUGCGGCCACACUGUCUGCAAGAUGUGCCUGAACAAACUACACCGCAAAGCAUGCCCCUUCGACCAGACCACUAUCAACACAGACAUCGAACAGCUGCCUGUGAACUCGGCCCUGCUGCAGCUCGUUGGCGGACAGGUACCCAAACAGCAGCCCAUUGCUCUGCUUACAGGAGUGGAAGACACCAAACACUAUGACGAGGCCAGGAAAUGCGUGGAGGAGCUAGCGCUCUACCUCAAACCUCUCAGCAGCACGAGAGGUGUUGGUUUGAACAGCACCACUCAGAGCGUUCUUAGCCGGCCCAUGCAGAGGAAGCUGGUGACACUGAUUCACUGUCAGCUGGUGGAGGAGGAAGGGCGGAUCAGGGCCAUGCGAGCUGCCCGUUCCCUGGGUGAGAGGACCGUCACAGAGCUCAUCCUCCAGCACCAGAACCCACAGCAGCUCUCCUCCAACCUGUGGGCAGCUGUCCGAGCCAGGGGCUGCCAGUUCCUCGGGCCAGCGAUGCAGGAGGAGGCUCUGAAGUUGGUUCUGCUAGCUCUGGAAGAUGGCUCCCCCCUCUCCCGUAAGGUUCUGGUUCUCUUUGUGGUUCAAAGAUUGGAGCCACGAUUCCCCCAGGCCUCCAAAACGAGCAUUGGUCACGUGGUGCAACUCCUCUAUAGAGCAUCCUGUUUUAAGGUAACGAAGCGAGAUGAGGAUUCCUCGCUGAUGCAGCUGAAGGAGGAGUUCCGCACGUACGAAGCUCUCCGGCGGGAACACGACUCUCAGAUCGUCCAGAUCGCCAUGGAGGGGGGGCUGCGCAUCGCCCCUGACCAGUGGUCCUCGCUGCUCUAUGGGGACCAGUCCCACAAAUCACACAUGCAGUCCAUCAUCGACAAGUUGCAGACGCCGGCCUCAUUCGCCCAGAGUGUUCAGGAACUGACUAUUGCGCUCCAGCGGACGGGAGACCCUGCCAACCUGAACCGUCUCCGACCCCACCUCGAGCUGCUGGCUAACAUCGACCCCAGCCCAGAUGCACCUCCCCCUACGUGGGAGCAGCUGGAGAAGGGGUUGGUCGCUGUGAAAACCGUGGUCCACGGACUGGUGGAUUUCAUUCAGAACCACAGCAAGAAAGGCACCGACCAGCAGCAGCCUCCUCAGCACAGCAAGUACAAAACAUACAUGUGUCGGGAUAUGAAGCAAAAAGGAGGGUGCCCUCGGGGGGCCAGCUGUACCUUUGCACAUUCUCAGGAAGAACUAGAAAAGUACCGCAAGAUGAACAAGCGCCUGGCAGCCCGAAGACCCCUGAGCCAGUCCCUCACGCAGCUCAAUGAGGUGGGCUUGUCCGGUCUGCUGUCAGAUGAUGGGGGGCUGGAGGGUGCUGUGCGGAAACCCUCCUCCCUGACCAACGGGAUUGUAGCAGCCGGCUCGGGGGGCCACAUGCCGCAGCUCAUCUCCCGCGGGACAGACUGCUCGUACGACACAGGGCUCAAACCAGGGAAAAUGGAGCACCUAAGUAUCAGCGCCCCCGGAUCUCCCCCAGACUUGCUUGAUUCUGUCUCUAAGGGCUCCAUGCCAGCAAUGCCCAUGAAUGUCCACCCCAUGCCUCACCCCAGAAUGCCCACAGAACACCCCUCAAUGUCCAAGCAGCUCCAGAUGGUGCCCAGGGGAUCCCAGAUGUACACACAGCAACCAAGUGAUAUGUACUACCAGGAUCCAAGACCACCGGCUUCUGCAGCCCCGUAUGAGCACCCUCCGUACCCAGCAGGUGUACCCUACCCCUACCCAUCUUCACAGUAUCCCCAGCCUCGCUACGCCAGGCCGGCACCCAGCGAGCCAGGCAUGCAGUACCCAGAUCACUACCCCUACAUGCAGGACAGGCAGUACCCGGGCCCGCCCGUGCAGUACCCCCCCAUGGCACAGCCAGUGUACCCUGCCCACUGCGACGUUCGCCGCCCCUACGGCCCCCCGCAGUCCUUCCAGCGUGAGGAGAUGGUGAGAAUGAGCCCAGGGCCUGUGGAGGUCCCGCCACCAGCAAGCGGGUCACCAUACCUCUCCGAGAGCAGAGAGCGCUACCCCCCUGAGGGCUACCCCCCUGAGGUCUACCCUGCCGGCCCACACCCCAGCCAGAUGCGACCCUAUCACAGGGAAAGCUACAGCAGGAUGACUCCACCACACCACAGCCUGGACUACCUGCACCGCCGGCGCAAGGAGAUCAUGGCUCAGCUGGAGGAGAGGAAGGUGAUCUCCCCCCCUCCCUUCGCCCCGUCCCCAACGCUGCCCCGUCCAUUCCCACCGGAUUUCCCACAAGAGUAUUUGGAGGACAACCCAAAAGCUGUUGGGAAGUACAAAGAAAACGAAUACUCGCCUUGGUCAUGUGACACCAUUGGCUCCUACAUCGGCACCAAGGAUGUCAAGCCCAAAGACGUCAUGGCGUCGGGAGCCAUGGAGAUGAUGAAUGUAGACAGCAAAGGUUUGAGGAAUCAGCCAAUCGACAUGCAGAGAAGAUCAGCUGAGGCCAAAGACGACGACCCCAUAAUUCCGUUUGGGUCCCUGCCCACAGUGUCCCGUUUCGGGGUGAUCUCCCGCACCUCCAAAACUGGGUACCAGACCACCGGCCCAGUGCAGGCCAUGGCUUCAUCCCAGGGAGCUGCACACAAACAUAGCAGUGCUUCAGCUGAAUUCAGCCCUUGUACUACUCAUGGAGGCUGGGGAGCAGCCCCUUACACCCAGCACCAAAACAUGACAACUCAGGGACGCUUCAGUGACAGGAUGCCAAUGCCCCCAGACAGGGAGCAGCUGAAAAUGGAGCUCCAGCAACUUAACCAGCAGAUCAACCAACAGACACAGAUCCGUGGAAUGGAGGCUGCUAGUAACACAUUGCUGCUGCAAAGGGAGGCGAGCGCACUAGCCGCCCAGCCUCCACCCCAGAAGUGGGCAGCAGGGCCGAUUUCCAGCGAACAGCUGAGCAUGGAACUGCACCAGGUGGAGCGUGAGAUUGGCAAGAGAACCAGGGAAAUAGCCAUGGAAAGUCAAGCGCCUCACGAUCAGUAUAAAAUGUCACCGACAGAAAAUGGACAACCUGAACACAAGGUCCACAUGGAGGACCGCUCUCUUGCACUCAGUGAAGGCGUGAAUGGAUCCAGCUUGGUCCAAGACAGUAGUAUGAAUUCUCUGUCCAGCAAGACCUCCUCCCUGAGCCUGUCUGCAGACUCUGCCAGCAGUUCUGAGCUGCAGGUGAAUGGCGUCGGCCACUCCUCCUCAUAAGAGAUCGUGCUGCUCGCUGACAAGGCACAGCACCUCCACACAGUGAAGAUGUGGUAACAUGUUUCCUCCAAAUGGAGUCAUAUUUUUUCACCACCACCCCUCUGGGAAAGAGGGAAGAUAUUGAGCAGCAUGUCUCAAAUCCUUUACAAAUUCGUUGAAGGAGAACACACUCCACCCUAUUUGCUGUUGAACUGAGGUAGAAAAUGUCAGCAGAAGAAAUUGAACCUGUUCCACGCCCUCUGCUUCGUUGAGGCUAUUUUAGCACAUUUAACCUACAUUAUUUAUAUAAAAACCACAUAGUUCAGUCUCCCUUUGUGGGUGGGGUGUUCUUGGCAAUACAGUAGAUAAACGCACGUCUUCAUUUUAUUUAGAAAUAAGCAGUAUCUGCAGUGAAUUUAAGAUUUCUUUUCUCUUUUUGUUCUAUGAAUGAACUUUAAUUUUUAAUAUAAUUGAGCGCCUUGGGUCCCAGGGCAGAUAGAUAUUACACUGUUUUUGUUCAAUGCAUUUAAAAUUGAAAAUAGCUUAAGAAGCAGUUCUGUUGGUUACUUUAUUAUAUGCCUAGAUACCUGUACCCUCACUAGAGUUUCACAAAACUAGAGUGGAUAUAGAAACUGGCUGCAAACUAUUCUGUUGGUAACUUAAAAUCGCAUUAGUUUGGUAUUAAUAGACCCUUAAAUUUAGUGUGUUUUGAAAAUGAAAUAACGCUGAUCACACAGGAUGGUAAUAUGCUUACAACUGAAUCUUUUUAAACUUUUGGUUAAUUUAUUCAUGUUUUUUGAUUUGUCAAAACAAACCUGGAUAUGCUUCUAUGUUGAAGCCACCAAAUAGCUGGUAAAUUAUAAAUAGCCACACUUAAUAAGAAACAAAUGUAUUAAAACUAAUAUGGUCAGUGAUCGUUAUUACUACAGUGGUUGAGAUCUUGAUGUAAACCUAUAAUUAACGAAGUCACGUAGACAAACGUCAAUGUUAUAAGUUGAAAUGUUUGUCUACUUGACUGAAUUAGGAAUUAUAUUGCUGCAACUGGACUUGAGGAAUUGUAGUUUUGAGAAUUGGGCUUUUUUUAAGAAAAGGCUGAACAUGCUCCACACAAAAAAAUAAAAUACUGAGAAAAGCAACAGUAACCUGUUAUUGUAAAACCGCACUUGUUUAGGUAAAACUUUAAAAGGGAAACCUCUGGGUAUAUAAUAGGUAACCACUACACUUGGCUUGGUUUUGAAUUUAGAGUCUGGUUGAAACCAGGCUCCCAGUGUAAAUCAGCCACCUUUGUCAACUGUGCUGUACACAGGGCACAACGUACACCGAAUCUCCUUAUGCUAAAGAAUAGUUCACACGAGUAGCAGGUAAUGGAAAACAGUUAGGACUUACAGAAUAUCCAGAUAUCUUAUGCCCCGUGUACACAACUAAUCAUCUUCAGUAGUAAAGCUGGCAGGACCCCCACGCAAAGCCCCCUGUUAAAGACACGACUAGCCACGGCAAAAUACUGUUUCACAUUGAAUUAGAUCUGACGGGCAUGGCCGGUCUGCAAAUUUGCAACACAUAUUGGCUUGGAAUUCAAGCUUUUUUUUCUUUUCUUUUUUAAUUAUUGAAAAAAGCAAAAUAAAAACUUUAGAAGUUAUAUAUUCUGGAAAAAAAAGCAGCUGUUGGUGGUGUGCUUAUCUUGUGAGGCGAACAAUAAGAAACCUAUUGUCAUCCAAGUCACAAAUAGUCAGUUUACAUAUUUAUAUACGUGGGUUGCUUGUGUGUGUGAGUGAGUAUUUGUAUUAACAGUGAGUGGAUCUCUAGACCUAUCAAGCAAAGUGUAAUUAGUACAUUACCAGUUUUACUUAGAACAGUUAAUUUUAGAGUGUCAACAUUAUUUAAAAUCAGUAGGUUUUGCCCUCUGUGGCUUGAUGAAACUAUGAUUUAAGAAUCCUGCAUUAAUAACGCUUUACCUGGGGCUUUGCUUCAAGUAUAUUGCCUGUGCAACAAAGAUAUGCUGAAUUUUUUUUCUUAAACAGCAACACGGUUCCUUCUGCAACCUUAGUCCAUUUAAACUGUUUACAAGUGAACAACCUUUGGGACUGUUUAAAAUGACACAGCUUUCAUCACUCUUUGCAAAUACACAGUGUUCCCUGAAUCGUGCUCCUCCCAUUACCAAAUCAAACUAAAGCAAACAGGAUCAGAUUAGCCUUGCUCCCUCCUGUAUACUAAAGAUUUUUACACCUUUUCAGAUUUAUAAUUCAACCAACCAGGCCAGGAUCUUUAGUGUCAUUGUAUGUCUGCAUAAAUGUGAGUGUGUGCAAUGUACUCCCAGAAUUCCUUUUUAUUCAGAAUAAUUCUGAAUAAUUAUUCAGAGCAUAUGUUUGAAUGCCCUGUCUCAGGCAAGCUCAGUUCUAAUGAGUAAGGCUGGAGCUGGCAUUUAUAUUGAUCUCUGGUAACCACAUAGAAAGCAGCAACCUUGACCACUUUAUCAAAAACCAAUAGCCCUUAUCACUCGCUUUUCAGUGCCAGUCUGGGAAAUAUGAUUCUGCAGUGGCUGAAAUGGGAAGUAUUUAGAAAUCCUAAAAAAAAUAAGUGUGUUUUUUAAAUUGUCAUGAUGUAUAGUACAGAACAAAAGCUUUGUAGACCAAUCAGGUUGCACCAUUGUUCUUUCAGUGUAUAUUUGGUUCUUUUGACUUUAAACAGCCACCAACAGCUGCUCCUGCACUGAACUCUAAACUGUAACGUCUUUUUUUUUUUUUUUUCUUUUCUUUGAUAACUUCUGUGAAGUUGCAUGUUUUUUUUUUUUUUUUUUACAGACUAGGUUAUCGCUAAUCCUUGGGGGGGGCUUCUGGGAUUCAACCCUGCCAGCUAGCAAUUGAGUAAGCAAGUGGGGGGGCUGUAAACAGAACUACAUUUCCAUACACAAGUAGUUCUACUCAAGGUUUCUAAAGGUUGCUAAAGAUUUGGGCUUUGUGUCUAACAGGCAAAAAGGUUGAUUGAUGCCCCUGCUACCCCCACUACCUCUGCAUACAUUCAGAGUUCUUACAUUCACGAACCUGCAACAAUCCUGUAAUUUGAAAAAACUAAAACACAGUGAUACCACUAUUUCAGUUCAUAGACGGGUAUUUUAUUAAUUAUUUGUAACCAACAAAGAAGGCAGAGAAUACAAGGCACUUUAACAUGUUAUACAAUUAUUAUAACCUUAAAAAAAGUAUCCAGUUUGUAGUUAUAGCCAUAGGAUACAUACACUCAUAAACCCUGCAUUAGUACAGAGAUGGGAAGCUGGAGCCUUUGAACUUGGUGGCACCAAUCUUUCAUAAUAUUAUGUCCAGUUUGGAUAGACUUGCUAUCUUAGUUUCAAAUAUCCAGACCACUAUUUCACAGCAAUGUGAUAUAAUCUACAUUUGAGGCAAUGUCACAGAUCUCACUUAUUCAAUGUUUGACAGAUAGUGAUGGUGUUGCCAUUUGUUCAAGACACUAUGCGGUUGACCAAAGACCCAUUCCACAAUGCUCAUAGCCAGAUGCUAUUGACAGAAGCUCUCUAGUUGUGUUUCCAUGGAAACCUUUGCAGUGAGCACUUUGCUGCAUCUGCUUACAUGCACAUUUUCUGGAGUCAUGGCUAUUGGUUACAUUAAAUAUACAAAGACAUAUAGCUAGGAAACCAUAAAGAUCAGGUUAGUGUGCUUUUUUUGAUUUAAUUGUUCUUUCACUGUACGAUAUUUCAAACAUACAGAUUACCACUGAUAGCAGUACUGUACCAAUUUCAUAAAUAACAAGCCCCCAUCUGCUACACAUUUGAAGCUAUCUUUUUCCUUAGAGUCUGACUUUGGCAUACAAACUAUAAGG